GGCGUGGAUUAGAAUGAAAACAGAUCAGUCAAUGGAUUUGGACUCCGGAGAUCAUCUGACUUGAGUUAGCAAACCCCAACUGGAUUUCGAAGUGUGGGAGCGAGAGAGGAAAAGUUUCUUUCCCCCCUCCACCUCCUCUUUCUUUUUUAACUUUCCUCCACUGGCGGCGGCGGCGAUAGUGCUGGUGGGGGAAAGCAGAACCCUCCGCUCUCGCGCGCUCUCCUCCCCCUGCUGCGUUCCUUAAUUUCUCCCCGAGCGUGCGCGUCCGGGGAUGUCCUACGUUGGGAUGAUGGAUGGCAGGAGGGCAGAAACGCGGCGGCAGCCGAAGAAGCGCCCAGCACUUUUUUGAACUCUCCCUCUCUCCCUUUCCCGGACGAUCCUCAAUGAGCCUUCGAGAAGGAGGAGGAGGAGGAGAAAGGGGAAGCUUGCGCUCCAGCCGGGAUUUUUGGUAGCGGCAGCAGCAGCACCAUCAACAGCAGCAACUCCCGCUUUUCAAGAAGGGGUAGAAAAACGACGCACAAAAGGACUGCAAGCGGCAACAACCCUCCCUCCCUCCCUCCCUCCCCCCAAGCCCUGAAGUGGACGAUGGGGCGCUGGAUUCGCAGCCCUCUCCUGGAGCCGGAGCAGCCGCUGGCCCUGUGAAAAAGCAAACAAACUUCUCUUUGGGACUGGGGAGCUGGAAUAUGUAUGUCUAAGAUGGAAACAUCCACCUCAACUGCUGCUGGAAAGAAAGAAGGGAAAAAUGCCCUUCUGGAAGGCAAUGGUUUUAAUGAAACAACGAAGAAAACAACUCCUUUAGGAGCAGCCGCAGCAGCAGCAGUGACACAAGGAGUGCCACAGCAUCUUUUCCCAGCCUUCCAUGCUCCUUUGCCAAUUGACAUGCGUCACCAGGAAGGAAGAUACCAUUAUGAACCUCACUCUAUCCAUGCCAUUCAUGGACCUCCUACUCUGAGUGGUAGCCCUGUCAUCUCCGACAUCUCUCUCAUCCGCCUUUCUCCACACCCUGCGGGGCCUGCAGAGUCGCCUUUCAACCACCCUCACGCGUACAUGAACCCCCAUAUGGAGCACUACCUCCGCUCCAUGCAUGGCAGCCCGACCCUCUCUAUGAUCUCAGCAGCUCGAGGCCUCAGCCCAGCUGACGUAGCUCACGAGCAUCUGAAAGAACGAGGUCUCUUUGGCCUGCCCCCUCCUCCUCCAGGAGCCAACCCUGCGGACUACUAUCACCAGAUGACGCUCAUGGCCAGCCAUCCAAAUCCUUACGGGGACCUCCUUAUGCAGAGUGCGGGAGCAGCCAGUGCAACGCACCUUCAUGAUUACCUCAGCCCUGUAGAUGUGUCAAGAUUCUCCAGUCCACGAGUGACUCCAAGACUAAGUCGAAAGCGAGCGCUUUCUAUAUCUCCGUUGUCCGAUGCCAGCAUUGAUCUUCAGACAAUGAUCCGGACCUCGCCAAAUUCAUUGGUGGCUUAUAUAAAUAACUCCAGAAGUAGUUCUGCAGCAAGUGGCUCUUAUGGGCAUUUAUCAGCGGGGGCAAUAAGCCCAGCAUUCACUUUCCCUCACCCAAUCAACCCAGUGACGUACCAGCAAAUUUUGAAUCAGCAGAGAAGCUUGAGCUCAGCAUUUGGACAUACACCUCCCUUCAUCCAGCCAUCGCCGACGUUUCCUUCGCGGCAGCAUGUGGCCGUCAUCUCUGUCAAUUCCACUCCGGCUCAGAUCAGCAGCAACUGUGUCUCUGAUUCCAACCAGAGCAAGCAGAGCAGUGAGUCAGCUGUUAGCAGCACGGUCAACCCAGUCAUUAAUAAACGCAGCAAAGUCAAGACUGAAAUGGAGACUCUACCACCAGCUUCCCCGCCCACUCAGGAGCAUCUGACGGACUUGAAAGAGGAACUUGAUAAGGAUGAAUGCAAACAGGAGCCCGAAGUUAUUUAUGAGACCAACUGUCACUGGGAAAGUUGUGUGAAGGAGUAUGAUACUCAGGAGCAGCUUGUCCAUCAUAUCAAUAAUGAUCACAUUCAUGGGGAGAAGAAGGAGUUUGUCUGCCGUUGGCAAGAGUGUACGCGGGAGCAGAAGCCAUUCAAAGCACAGUACAUGCUGGUAGUGCAUAUGCGAAGGCACACUGGGGAAAAGCCACACAAGUGCACGUUUGAGGGUUGCUCCAAAGCCUAUUCGAGGCUAGAGAACUUGAAGACACACCUGAGGUCUCACACCGGUGAAAAACCUUACGUCUGUGAACAUGAGGGCUGCAAUAAGGCCUUUUCUAAUGCUUCUGACCGAGCAAAACACCAGAACAGGACGCAUUCCAAUGAGAAACCCUACGUCUGUAAAAUUCCGGGCUGCACAAAGAGAUACACAGACCCCAGUUCUCUCAGGAAACACGUGAAGACUGUGCACGGGCCAGAGGCCCAUGUCACCAAGAAACAACGCAAUGACGUUCACCUGAGACCGCCUGCACUGAAGGAAAACAGUGACAAUGAAGCAAGUGCCAAGCAGAGUGGAAAGCCUUCAGACGAGCAGGCUGAGGCAAACAGCACCACCAGAGGCAUGGAGGACUGCUUACAAGUCAAAACAAUAAAGACGGAGAACUCUGUGAUGUAUCAGUCCAGUCCUGGUGGCCAAUCCUCAUGCAGCAGUGAACCAUCACCACUUGGGAGCACCAACAACAAUGACAGUGGAGUCGAAAUGAACAUGCACAGUGGGGGAAGUCUGGGGGACCUGACCGCGUUGGAGGAUGGCACUCCUGUUGUAGACUCGACGGUCUCAUCUGGCAAUUCAACCGUCAGUCUGCAGCUGAGGAAACAAAUGACAACCAUGCAACGCCUUGAGCAGCUCAAGAAAGAGAAACUCAGGACAGUGAAGGAUUCUUGCUCGUGGGUGAAUCCGGCCCCACAAGUCAGAAAUACCAAGCUGCCUCCCAUCCCAGGCAAUGGCUGUCUACUGGACAACAUGGGUGGUGGUGGUUCUUCUGCAGCGCUGCCUAACCCAAGGAUAACAGACCUGUCCAUCAACGAGGUCACAAUGCUGAACCAACUAGUAGAACGUCGCGACAGCUCAACCAGCACCAUCAGCUCUGCCUACACCGUCAGCCGCAGGUCAUCAGGGAUAUCCCCUUACUUCUCCAGCCGCCGUUCCAGUGAAGCGUCACAGUUUGGAACCCGGCCAAACAACACAAGCUCUGCUGACUCCUACGACCCCAUUUCCACGGAUGCCUCUCGCAGAUCGAGCGACGCCAGCCAGUGCAGCGGAAUCCCAGGUCUUCUGAACCUCACACCGGUGCAGCACUACAGGCUGAAAGCCAAGUAUGCUGCUGCCACAGGGGGCCCUCCACCUACCCCCCUGCCUAACAUGGAAAGGAUGACCCUGAGGAAUAAAAUCUCCCUUCUGGAUGGGCCAGAGCCUGCUCUGCCUUCUUUUCGCCUUCCUCCUGGGCCACGGCGUUGCAGUGACAGCAACGCUUAUGGGUAUGGUGCGUCCCUGGGAUUUGCUCACGAUGGACCUGGCAACAAUGCAAGACGCGCAAGUGAUCCGGUGAGGAGACCUGCUGGAGAGCCAGUUUCCCUCCCCAGAGUCCAUCGUUUCAACAGCACCAACAGUAUGAACCCACUCCACCCUCCUGCAGAGAGAAGGAACUUCGGCCUUCCAAACUUUGCACGUUCCGAUGGAAGCCUCGCCAGGCACAUCUAUUCCCCACGGCCUCCGAGUAUCACCGAGAACGUUGCCAUGGAAGCGAUGUCUGGCGAGGCCGAUGGCUCCGUCGGAGAUGAUGACAUUGUGCUACCUGAUGAUGUAGUGCAAUACAUCAAAUCGCAAAACGGUGUCAUGGCCGCAGACAACUCUUCCGCAGGCUAUGGCAAUGAAAUGCAGAACUUCCAAGUGAAUGCAAAAGUGCAACACAGCAACCUGGGAAGCCAACUCAGCAGGGUGGCUGCUCCAGAUGUGGGUAUGAAUCACGCAGCUCCAAUGAUGAGUGAGUGUCACAUGAACUUUGGAGCAGAUUCUGACUUGAGCAAGAACAACAUGCCCGUCCAGUGGAAUGAAGUCAGCUCAGGUACGGUGGACGCAUCCUCUGCUCAAGCAAAGCAACAGUUCCCUCCACGUAACUUAGCUGUGGUUCAUCAAAAGCACAACUUUGGCCAGUACCAGAACUUUAGCCAUCAGCAGAUGCAGGUGGGUCAAAACAAUAUGAAUGGAAACCUGCAACAGUUUGUGCAGAAAAACACAAGCGUAGAUGGACAAAGAUUAAACUGCAUGCACUUAAGGCAGCAACAGGUGAAUCCGGGACCCAGUAACAAUCCAGAUUUGAACUCGCAUGAAGCGUACCAUCAGGUUCAUCAAAUGCUGAGCCCAAACACAAUGGGGGGUGACCUCAACCAGCUUUCUCCUCCCUGUAACAACAUGAUAUUGAAGCCUGCAUCCCAUGCUCAUCCUCAGCAGAUAGAUAUUAUGGCUGAUCCCACAUCAAUGGUUGACAGUAGCAGAGAAUGCAUAAUGCACAGUCAGGUCACACAGGAACCAGGACACCAGCAGGGCUUUUCGUCUCAGCCAAACCACAUGAACUUUCCCAUGACACAGGAAGUCUUCCAUCAACCUUCUGCAUUAAUGACCUCCAGUCAGCAAGACUUUGAGCCACAACAGGAUAUGAUAGGUACUGUUGCACAGAGCUUCCCUUCUGGUCUAGUUCAGCCUCAUCCUCCACCUAAUCCCAGUCCAGCGAACAGGCACCGAGGGAUGUGUGCUAUGCAACACUUGGGCUACAUGAGAAUAUCUCACCCGGCUAAUGAUGUGAGCCCAGGGCAGGAAAGGGUAGAGUUCACCCCCAAGAGAACAACUGGUGUAGCAUCAUCGCAGCCACAGCAAUACAAUAACAGCAUGGGGGGAAACCAUUUGAUGCACUAUUAUGGCCAAAUACACAUGUAUGAACAAAAUGGGAAUUUUAAUACCCAUGCAGACUGUAGUGUAAGACAACAGCAGUGUGCACUGAACAUCAAGCCAGGCACAAUGCCAUCUCCUGGGGCUAAUCAAGUAUCAAGCACUGUGGACUCACAGGUUCUGGAGCCUCCUCAGAUAGAUUUUGAUGCCAUCAUGGAUGAUGGGGACCAUUCAAGUCUGAUGUCAGGGACCCUGAGCCCUAGCAUCCUACAGAAUCUCUCCCAGAACUCUUCCCGCCUUACAACUCCCCGAAACUCUCUGACACUGCCAUCCAUACCAGCUGGAAUUAGUAAUAUGGCAAUAGGGGACAUGAGCUCUAUGUUGACAACCCUAGCAGAAGAAAGUAAAUUUCUGAACAUGAUGUCUUAAUGCUUAAAGCAUAACUGUCUAGAAGUAUCCAAGAGAUUACAUGCUAAGCAAUUUUAUGAUUCUUUUUUUAAAAAAUAAAAAAGGUUUCCAUAGAGUA